AUGGAUACCCAGAGCUUGUUUGUUUCGAUGAACACUAAUUUAUCUUCCUUAAACCUCUCUCGGCCUGUAUCUCCCGUCACUCGCUCACUCCUUCCUUUCCGAUCGGCUAAACUAGUCCCCCGCUCCGUUUCGGCGUCGAUCUCCUCGCCGAACAGUGAAACUCCUUCCUCCUCCGGCCAUUCGAUUGACACCGACAAGGAUGCCGCCAUCUCUGUGAAGCCUGUUUACGUCCCGACGCCGCCCAAUCGCGAGCUCCAGACUCCUCACAGUGGAUACCAUUUCGAUGGAACAGCAAGGAAGUUUUUCGAGGGAUGGUAUUUCAGGGUUUCGAUCCCAGAGAAGGAGAGUUUCUGCUUCAUGUAUUCUGUGGAGAAUCCAGCUUUUCGGAAGAGCUUGUCACCGUUUGAAACGGCUCUAUAUGGACCCAGAUUCACUGGUGUCGGAGCCCAGAUUCUUGGCGCCAAUGAUAAAUAUAUAUGCCAAUAUUCACCAGAGUCUCACAACUUCUGGGGAGAGAGACAUGAGCUAGUUUUGGGGAAUACGUUCAGUGCUGUGCCAGGCGCAAGGGCUCCAAACAAGGAGGUUCCACCAGAGGAAUUCAACAGAAGAGUGUCACAAGGGUUCCAAGUUACCCCAUAUUGGAAUCAAGGUCACAUUUGCGACGAUGGCAGGACGGACUACGCGGAAACUGUGAAAUCGGCUCGGUGGGAGUACAGUACACGUCCUGUCUUUGGAUGGGGUGAUGUUGGAGGCAAACAAAAGUCUACCGCAGGCUGGCUUGCUGCUUUUCCUGUAUUUGAGCCUCACUGGCAGAUAUGCAUGGCAGGAGGUCUUUCUACAGGGUGGAUAGAGUGGGGUGAUGAAAGGUUUGAAUUUCGGGAUGCACCUUCUUAUUCAGAGAAGAAUUGGGGUGGAGGCUUCCCUAGAAAGUGGUUUUGGGUCCAGUGCAAUGUAUUUGAAGGGGCAAAAGGAGACGUUGCUUUGACUGCAGCUGGCGGGUUGAGGCAAUUGCCCGGGUUAAAUGAGACCUUUGAGAAUGCUGCACUGGUUUGUGUUCACUAUGAUGGGAAAUUCUACGAGUUUGUUCCGUGGCAAGGUGUUGUUAGCUGGGAAAUGUCUACAUGGGGUUAUUGGUAUAUGACUGCAGAGAAUGAAACCCAUAUAGUGGAACUAGAGGCAAGAACAAACGAAGCUGGCACACCUCUGCGUGCGCCGACCACAGAAGCUGGGCUAGCGACGGCUUGUAGAGAUAGUUGUUACGGUGAAUUGAAGUUGCAGAUAUGGGAACGGCUAUAUGAUGGAAGUAAAGGUAAGGUGAUACUGGAGGUAAAGAGCUCGAUGGCAGCAGUGGAGAUAGGAGGAGGACCGUGGUUCGGGACAUGGAAAGGAAAUACGAGCGAUACACCGGAGCUACUCAAACGGUCUCUUCAGGUCCCAUUGGAUCUCGAAGGCGCCUUUGGUUUGGUCCCUUUCUUCAAGCCACCGGGUCUGUAA